UCGAGCCACGAGCCACGAGCCUUGCAGUUGCGAGGAGCUAGCCGCGACAAGCGGAGCGCACCAAUCCAUCCGACACACCAAUCCCAACCCACUCGUAAUCGCCUCAACCCGAAUCCACUCAGCGAAAUCGGAAGCGGCCCUAAGAAGAACCCAUAAGUGUGGAACCCAAACCGUAGACAGCGGGGCCCUACAAUGCUGAACACCUUCAGCUCGGUGAGGCAGUACCUCAAGUUCGAUAUCACGCGGGUGGUGAUCGAUAACAUAGUGUUCAAGCUGCACUACCGAUGGACCUUCGUGAUGCUCCUGGUGGCCACGCUGCUGAUCACCUCGCGCCAGUACAUCGGGGAGCACAUCCAGUGCAUCUCCGACGGCGUCAUCGCCCCGGUCAUCAACACCUUCUGCUUCUUCACGCCCACCUUCACAGUGGUGCGCGACCAGAACCACACCGCCUAUAGGCCGGGGAGCGAGCCGCCCGGAAUAGGGCACUUCGACCCCGAGAAGGACUCGAUCAAGCGGCACGCCUACUACCAGUGGGUGCCCUUCGUGCUGUUCUUCCAGGCGCUCUGCUUCUACGUGCCGCACUUCCUGUGGAAGAAGUGGGAGGGCGGCCGGGUGAAGGCGCUGGUCUUCGGCCUGCGGAUGGUGGGCCUCACCCGCUACCUAAAGAACGACAGCCUGCGGAUCGGCAAGCUGAACAUCCCCUCGAUGGCGGAAGCCGAGGAGCGAAUCAAGGACAUCCGCCGCACGAUGAUCGACCGGAUGCGGCUGAACCAGUCGUGGGGAGCCCACCUGGUCUUCGCGGAGGUGCUCAACCUGGUGAACCUGCUGCUGCAGAUCACGUGGACCAACCGGUUCCUGGGCGGCCAGUUCCUCACGCUGGGACCGAAGGCCCUCAAGAACCGUUGGUCCGACGAGCUGAGCAUCCUGGACGUGGUCUUCCCGAAGGUGACCAAGUGCCGGUUCCACAAGUUCGGCGCCUCGGGGUCCAUCCAGGACCACGACACCCUCUGCGUGAUGGCGCUGAACAUCAUGAACGAGAAGAUCUACACCAUCCUCUGGUUCUGGUACUCCUUCCUGCUGGUGGUCACUGUUCUGGGUCUUGUUUGGCGGCUCUUCACCCUCUGCUUCUACAAAAACGUCACCUUCACCCGCUGGUCGCUCUACUGGGCAAAGCCUGGCCAGCUGGACGAGAACGAGCUGUCGGCGGUGAUCGACAAGUGCAACUUCUCCAACUGGAUGUUCCUCUUCUUCCUGCGCACCAACCUCUCCGAGUUCCUCUUCAAGAAGGUCAUCUACCACCUGGCCAGCGAGUUCCCCAAUCCCGACCACGACAACGACAUUAACGCCUAUCGGGAGGCGCCGCCGACGCCCGUGAAGCCCCGCUAUCCGGAUAUCAGCAACCUGGACACGGUGGACUCGCCCCUUCUGCACCUCCGACAUCCUGCCACGCCCCCCGCGGGCGGGGCCACAGCCCCCGCUGGACUGCAGGGGCCGACGACUUCGGAGAUGGCCAAGCUGCCGGUAUAAUUUAUGCACUUCAAUUAACGCUAGGCAAUUAAUUAUUUGAGCUUUGUGUUGUUUACACCUUGUUUUUUUUUAACGAUCACUUCAUUUUAAUAUAUUUAUUUUUAAGAGA